AUGGCUUCAACAUUGCUGCAGCAAAUCUCGGUGGACGACCUAGGCUCCGACGAGUUCAUCAGCUGCUUCAACCCUGAGCGGAUGGGAAACGCCCAGAACAUUGGCUAUGGAGGAUGCACACUCGGCGUCGCCAUCCAAGCGGCAUGCCACACAGUUCCAUCAAGCCACUUCCUCUAUUCCGCCACCGGAAACUAUCUGGGCCCAUCCCUAACCGACCGCAAGCUGCGAUGCUCAGUCCAGCGAGUCCGCGACACGAGGACCUUUGCGACCAGGCUAGUUCGACUCAGCCAGGAGCAAGACGAUGGGAGCACGCGACUAUGCAUGAUCAUUCUCGCCGACUUCCAGACGAAAGAAGACGCAUCCCUGCUGGUCUACUCGGCGCCCCCGGACAAGUCAUAUUCCCCGCCUGAACAGUGCCCUAGCAGGAUGGAAGCGACCGAGGAGAUGGUCCGAAGCGGCACCGUCUCAAGAAAGAUGGCCGACAUAUAUGAGGUUACGUUUGGCCUUCUGGAACGGUUUGUCGAGUGUCGUGGAGCCCCUGAAGGCGUCGCGUCGAAUAAGCUUCUCGGCGUGGCGAAGAAGGCUGCGACACCGCAAGACGGCGACGCCCUGACGUCCAAGACAUCAGGAGAUUGGUUCCGUUGCCGCCACCCGCUACGAAAACAGCAGGAUCACUACGCAGCACUCGGAUUCAUACUGGAUGGUGCUUUGUCGUUCAUGCCGUUGACACACAGCGACAUGUUCCUUGACGAUGCGGGAGCGUGUUCGAGCCUUGACUUCGCGCUUAGGUUCUUCACGAACAGCUUGAAUCUGGAUCAGUGGCACUUGAGGGAGAUAAAGACUGUGACUGGUGGGGAAGGACGCACUUACACGGAAGCUAGGCUCUGGGACGAAGAGGGGAACAUGGUUGCGAGCAUGACGCAGCAGUCCAUCUUACGGCCGCCGCGGCUGACAGUCAGAGCCGCCCUUUAG